AUGAGGAAUGAAGCCCUCAUAUGCAAGGCGUUUCCUUCCAGUUUCAAGCAUGUUGCCAUGAGAUGGUUUAAUGGGUUGGAGGAGGGCUCGGUAGAUUCAUUCGAAGAGCUUACCAAAGCUUUUGGGGCCAGAUUCUUUACUUGCAGUGGAAUCCCCAGGCCUCUAGAUGCUCUCCUUUCAAUGGCAGUGAGGGAAGGAGAAACCCUGAAUACCUACUCUGAUAGGUACAGGGAGCUAUUUAAUGAAAUAAAUAGUGAUUUUGAGGAUAUGGCUGUCAGGACUUUUAAGGUGGGGCUUCCCACAAAUUCUGAUUUAAGAAAAUCUCUAACCAUGAAGCUAGCUCGAAGUAUGCAUCAGCUGAUGGACCGCAUCGAAGAGCACAAAAGGGUUGAGGAUGACCAAACUCAGGCCAAAGGCAAAGCAAAAGCCUUCGCUCUCGAGCAAAGAGAUCAUCAGCUUGAUAAGUUCGGCUCCAACUGA